CUUCCGUUGCGUGAUAAACAAUCGAGCCACGGUGGACAAUCGGAUUCGGAGCUGACAAGCAAGGAUAAACUUAAGUAAAAAAUGGAGAAACUUUACCAUGAAACAAAUAAAAUCGUAUUAGAUGUGCAGAAUGGUUUGAGUCGUGUGGAACAAGCAAGGAGAGAGGAUGCGCAUUUGGUUGAGAAUGAGAUCAACGCAAGGUUGGAUAAGCUAGCCUCUAAUUGUGAGACGUUGGACAUUCUUGUUAACAAAGAACCAGUAUCAAGGCGGCAAAAUGCAAAACUAAAAGUUGACCAGCUAAAGUAUGAUUGUCAGCACCUGAAUGCUGCCCUCCGUCAGAUAAAGCACAGACGACAUCAAAGAGAACAAGAGGAAAGGGAUAGAGAAGACCUUCUCACACGUCGAUUCACUGCCAACGAUGAUAACACCUCAAUAAUGAUAGACCAUGAUCUGCAGCAUAAUACAUCACUACAUAACAGCAAUAGAGAGAUGGACAACCUACUGGCAACAGGGUCUGCAACAAUCGCUAAUCUCAGAGACCAAAGAGGAAUGUUAAAGGGAGCCCAAAAGAAGAUGCUGGACGUGUCCAACAUGUUAGGACUCAGCAACACUGUCAUGAGACUCAUUGAAAAAAGAACUUUUCAGGAUAAAAUCAUCCUAUUUGGAGGAAUGAUCUUGACUCUUAUCAUCAUGUAUUACAUCUACAAGUACUUUGGUUGACACAGCUCCAUCCCAUGAGGACAUCCUGCUGACAUCGAUUCCUGGUACCUGCUAUACCGGAUUUGAUUGAAAUUAUCGUUAUCACCUGAUGACCACCAAUUUGACAGGUUGAAUGCUAAAACCAAAGCAGGAUCAUUUUCCAGUGAGCAUGCUGCACAUGAGCAUUACAAAAUGCAUUGGUUUGGUGAUCUCAGAACUCACAAGAGUUUGAUUUUCAAACUUCUUCAACUUAAUUUUGGAUAUAAACUAUGUGAGUCUAAUCAAGCUCAUUGUAAGUCUGUCCUGUUGGGUGUUUCAUAAAGCUGUUAGUAAGUUACAUGAAUAACUUUAUGCACGACUGGUGACCCUUUCUCGUACUCAAUGAUAUAUCCCUGUGUAAAUGACUUAGCACCUGAGAAAAUGUUCCAGUCACGACUGGUGACCCUUUCUCGUACUCAAUGAUAUAUCCCUGUAUUAAUGACUUAGCACCUGAGAAAAUGUUCCAGUCAUGACUGGUGAUCCUUUCUCGUACUCAAUGAUAUAUCCAUGUGUAACUGACUUAGCAACUAAGAACAUACUCCAGUCGUGCAUAAAGUGGUGCGUAACUUUACGAAUAGCAUUAUGAAACACCCAUCUGAAUUCUUCUUGUGCCAUUGAGAUGAGGUAAUGUCACAGAUAAUCACUCAUAAAAUGUUUAAGUAUAACACUGACAGUUAGCUGUGCAAUGUCAAAUUGCGUUUGUUGGUAUUAGAUUGAAAAGGGAGUUGCGAAACAGAUGUGAUGAAUACUGGAUAAUGAAGACUGCUUGCUGUAUUGCAGGUAGGGUGAAUUGGAACAAGUCGUACCACAGAAUGCAGAAUCUUAUUGGACAAAGGCAUGAUACUGCCUGCCUUGGAUGGCGAUUCUUAAUUAUAUUUGCUCUCACCGCUCAUCAUCUAAAGUAAUUGUAUUAAAAUUAAUAUUCCAAUUUAUUGCUAUACAAACAAUUUUAUCACAAGUUCUGUGAAAGUUAGAAGAAAGAAAAGUCAAGUUAUAUGUGGGUUUUAGGGUCAAGGCAACGUUUGUGGCAUGGAUGCAUCAUGUCAAACCCUCACACAGGGCCCUGGAAACAUUUUUUUUACAUGGGGUGCGGAUGGAAAUUUGACAAGCAAAAAAAAGGGUUUAACUGAAAAAUUAAGGUCAUUUUGGUCCCGAGAAACUUUACAAGCCCCCCCCCCCCCAAAAAAAAAGGGUUCACCACAAAAGGAAGGUCAUUUUGGUCCCGAAAAAUUUGACAAGCAAAAAAAAAAGGGGGUUUCUAUAUAAAAUGUAGGUAAUUUUGGUAACAUUUCUCCAUUCCGUCGCACCUUCCAGAUUGGGUGCUCCCUGUGGAGAAUAAUACGCACAGCACCCCCGCUUCCCAGGGCCAUGCCUUCAAGGUGAUUCUUGGAAUAUUAUACAUUGUCAUAGGUUUUCCUGGGUUGUUCCACAAAUAACUUGUCUGAUCGAUAGUUUCUUCAGUUGGCCGAUACAGAACUGUCAUAUUGCUGGAGCUUAUGUGUGCUGAGUGAUACCACUCUCUCAUGAUUCUUUCUUGUUAUGUUAACAACAUGUAUCAAUACAUGUGAUUCAUGGUUAACAAGAAGAAAGAUGAAUUCUUCUCCUGAUGGGUUGUGGUAUUCCUUAAUAUUGCAAGUUGUUGGAAAAACUGUUCAUAGAUGUCCUUAUACCCUGUCACCUGUCUGUAGACAUACUUCUCCAAAACCAGGUUGAACACUGGAAGAAAUUGUUGCUUGAUAUUAACUUGUUGAAAGAAAAGAACGGAAUUAUCAUUUGUCUACUUCCAGAGACACAAAUGUGUCCUUUCUUCAGAGUAUGAGCUUUGAAUUUAUUGUGACAUCUAUUGAUGUUUGUGCAGAAUAAAGUGAUAUUUUUUAUUUGUACAAACAGUCACAGGAAUUUUAUCCCCAUUGAAUUAGGAGAUUUGCUUUCGUUUUCCUCAUUGCAACUCAGUCCCUUAACUUUUGUAUGGUAUACUGGUAUAGUCACAAAAACAUUUCUCCUGAAUCUUGAAUAUAAAUAAAUCUUGAAUCUUCAAGGUAUGAGAUUGAGUCCCUUUUCCUCCUAGUAAUGACAACUUUUCUUGGUUUUGUACUGUACUGUACUUAUUCCCAUUUGAAGAACAUUCCAUAGUGUAUCCAUGGGCAGCAAAGCCUGUACAAAACACUGUUGUAUCUGUCAACCAUUGUAUGAUGUGUUUGGACCAUUGAAGGCAGUUGCUCUUAUGACCCUAUUUACUAGUUGCCCAUUUCUCUAUUCUGGAAACGAUUCUUACUCAGUAUACCAUUCUCAAACAAUGAAUUAUGAAUUGCAAUAUAAAAUGCCUCUUAAUCUAAGUUUAGGCAAGAUAUCUGACUUUGUAUGGAGACAGUUCAGAGCAAAAAUGGCCAGCUGAUUAGAAAUAAUGGUCACUUCUAUUUUGUGUCUAUGAAACACAGCAUAUUACUUGAUACUUAAUGAGAUAAUUCCUCUUGCAGCUCUAAAAAGCUUAACUGGAAUGAACUUUGCAAUAUUGAAAGAUUGGUGUCAUAUAGUGAAGAUCUCUAUUUUACAAUAAAAGAAGAGUGCGUUGUGCAAGUGAAAACCUGGAUACAUCAACAAGAGAUCUGAUUGGAGGCUGCAAAUUUCUAAUAAUGGGAAGCGCAGCCUCUUUGAAUGCUAUAAAGCUUCGCCAGGUAGGUGGUUCCAUGUUCGGAUUGUCCUUGGGAAGGACAGUCAAAAUCUUCACAUCUUCUCAAAAUAUUGAAAAGAUGUGUUCUGAAGAAACCUCUUCUUAGCAAAUCUAAGAAAUAUUUUCAGACUAAGUGCAACUCUCCUCAUGUGUUCUCUUUAGACGUUCAAGCACAUUGUCUCCAUGUGUCAGCUAUUGGAAGACCUAGAGCUCAUGUCAUAGAGGAAUAUGAUUAUGGCAACUGUGUCUUAUGGUAAGUACUAUGGUAACAUGGCUCAACAGCUAAUCAUGAUCACCGUUUCCAUGGUAGUUACCAUAAGAGCAAAGUUCCCUUAAUCCAUUUUUUCCGAGUUUUUUUUAUGAACAGGCCACAAUAAAUGGUUCGUACAGUCUUGUAAGAUUUACAAAUUACUUGAUUUCAAACUGCCAGUGGAAAUAUCUGCUUAGAUUACAUUCUUCAUCAAAGGACGUUUGAUUUGCUUUUGCUCUUGUUAUUCAUUCUACUUGAGUAAAUACACUUCAUCAUAAAUAUGAAAUACACAACAAACUGAUUGGACAUGGGAAAUUUAUAAAGUUACUUGUAUUGAUAACAUGUUUUUCUUAAUUAAACUGAAUCACAUUGUAAAAAUGAAUGACAUUGCAACUCAUCCUUGGAACUGUUGUAUUCUUAGAACUCAGUACUCAAGAAAAUAUAUCUUCUAUGACUGGUUUGUAAACUUUACAUUCAAAGGGUCUUGAACCUUUAUUCCUCAUAUAUAUACUAUAUAUAUUGUUUCUGUGAAAAAGUAAUUUGUCAUUUGAUCUUAUACAAUUAGUCAGACACAACUUACAGUGUUUGUUCAGUGUACAAUUGUCUCUUAUUUCCUGACAUAUUUAAAUGUUGAUUAUAAUAAUAGUCACCACUACACGUUUAAUGAUGUGUGUUUUUUGUAGUAUGUUUUGCUCCAUAUUUUUUCUGUAAGUGUCCAUAAAAAUACAAAAUAGACCAGUUCUUGGUUUUUUUGAUUUUUGAUUUGAUUUUAGCUGAAAUUUCUUGUCUUCCUAUGUAUUUUCCUUAAGCGCUUAGAGACAUUCUUUGUGAUAAGCGCUAUAUAAAUGAUGUUAAUUAUUAUUAUUAUUGGUUCCAUGAACAGAAAAAGGUAUAAUGAUAUUCAAUGACAUAAGCACCAACUUUGAUAUUUUGAUUACCAUAUAUUUUGUGGAAGUGUGCUUUUCAUUAGAUCCACUUGAAAACAACACUGCAUCCAUUAGCAACUGGUAUUUAGCAGCUGGCCAAGUAUAUUGCAAUAGUAGCAUUGCUAUGCAUUCAAAGUAGAAAUGGAACAGAUACCUUAAUAAAGUGUUCAUUGAGGUAACUACAAACUGGCAUAUUGGCUAAAACUGUGUAUGUUGGUAACAGUAUGAGAGCCCUUUGCUGUAUGGAUAUGCCAAUUAGGAUUACAUCUGUUACAACAUGAACGUCAGUAGUAUUUUUUUUCAGGCAAGUAGACUCACAACAGGAAUAUUUGUCUUUAUGCGGCUUGUGGAUUGAUUGACUCGUUCAAUAGAGAAGAGAUCAAAGUCUUUUGUUUAUUUUUUUUACAUCUAGUUUGACCCAUAGAACAUCGCUAUCACCCUACACACCUAAAUCAUAGACAAAUUUUAGAUGGCUAUGUUGCACAUGGAACUAGUUGGCUUAACUCUACAAGAAGGUCUCUGUGCCACACUUGCUGCCCUUUUUAUAAAUAGAAGACUUAGGAUUGUGCCAACUUUGUCAUUAUGGUAACUACCGUGGUAACAGGGCUCGGCAGCCAAACAGAAUCGAGGUUUCCAUAGUUAUCAUGAUAGCAAAGUUACAAUAAUGAUAAGUCAUAAAACUGGCCAUUGGUCCCUUUAUAAUCGAGAUUUGCCAGUCUGGUUCAAUCUGAUGGUUACUGCAUCUUGAAUGCUUUCCCAAUGUACAAAAUAUGAGGUUCAUAACAGUAGAACAUACCGAUAGGUCUUGUGUUGGUUGUGGUCACCUCUCAUCAAGGCUCUUAGCCGAAGAGGUAACACUGCCCUCUAUACCUAAAUACCAUACAUUGGAGAGCAUUCCAUCGUUUGAAGUUGAAAGUGAGAUGAUGAUAUGGCACUGUCUUCUUGAUUGAUAAAUAAAACAUGUAUCUACUACAAUAAACAAUUGAAUGUCCAACAUUGCCAUUGUUUAGGUCAAUAUAAACCGGGGGGGGGGGGGCUGAAACAGAAGUGUAGUUAUAAUAUAGAUAUAAGUUGAUUACAGAAUAUAAUAAUAUACACGUAUGUAUUUGUCAAAUAUUGAUUAUUGUUAUGACACAGGGAAAGGGAUAAAUUAUAUAUUAAAUUACUUUGUGUAUGAUAUAA